AUGAUCUUGUCAUCUUCAAGCCCGUUGCGGCUCACAGGAAAUUGGUGGAGAGCACACUCGAAAGCCACACUAAGCCCCAUAAGAUUUCAGCUUCAAAGGCUUGCCUAUUGUCGUCACAUCUCUCUGUCCACAGCAACUACGGGCAAGCGCCUAGCGGGAAAGGUAGCUAUUAUCACAGGCGGUGGUGGGGGCCUGGGUAAAGGGACAGCACGGAAGUUCGUGGAAGAAGGUGCUCAGGUCAUUGUCGCCGAGCUCAAGCAUGAAUCUGGCAGUGCAACUGCGAAAGAGCUUGGGUGCGAUUUUCAAAAGUGUGACGUGAGUAAGGAAGGCGACUGGCAAGCGUUGCUGAAAUACGUCGACACAAAAUACGGGAGGCUUGACAGCGUCAUCAACAACGCGGGUACAAGCUAUCGUAACAAGGCUACGGUUGAGGUCACUGAGAAUGAGUUUGACCUCGUGUUCGCAGUGAAUGUGAAGGCGAUAUACCAUUCAUACAAUGUGUUGGUUCCAUACAUAAAGAAGAAGGGCAUCGGCGGAUCCUUUGUCACAAUCGGAUCGGUAGCUGCGGUCAGCCCAACUUUGGGCUUGACGUGGUACAAUGCGUCGAAAGCCGCUGUCAUGCUCGCCAGCAAAUCACUGGCUCUUGAGUAUGCCUCAGAUAAAAUUCGGUUCAAUAAUGUCUUGCCAACUUUCGCACCUGGAACUGUCAUUUUCAGGCAAAAUCGGUUCCUGGGUCUUCCCGAGGACCAGAAAGAGUUUGAAUCGAAUCUUCCACAACCUAUGGGUCGAGGAUGUACGCCUAGAGAUAUCGCAAAUGCUUGUUGUUAUCUCUGUAGCGAUGAGGCAGAUUUCGUCACAGGUAUUGACCUACCGGUGGAUGGGGGCAGGCUCAUAUAGUGCACAUAUUCGAGGAUCUGGGCGUAAGUGCUCCGUUAUUUUGCGUUGGUUUGUAGGCAUAGCUUUCGACAUCCCUCCACCACCUUGAAGUUUAGAGUUGUACUCGUAAGUUUCCAAGUACGAUAACAAUGCGCUCUGAAUCUCUC